CCACGGGUAGUGAAAAUUUGCAUAUCCUGCAAAUGGAAAUUGUGAUCGAAGCAAGCAUGGCGUUUGCUCGGUGAUACGUGGCUACUGCUCGUAGUAUUUCAUCACUUACCGUUGAGUGGAUUGGUGGUUUGCAGUGUGUUGAUAGUAAAACUUGUACUACGGAACAUGAUGUGCCGCGGUGUGUGCAACGCUAGGUACAGGCCUUUUUUACUGUGAAGUGAAGCAAUUUAACAAAGUGUUGUUUAAAGUUAAUGUGACAGAAGGAUCUGUGUAACUUAAAGAAAGCUUUUCGGAAAAGCUGUACACACGUGUGAGUGUGGAAAUGUGGCGCUAGAAUAAGGAUUAUUAAAAUAUAAGUGGAGCACAAGUGGAAUCCAUUUAUAAGCAGUGUAAAAUGCUGUCCUAGCUGUGACAAAGAUAAACACAAAAUAUAUUCUGUUUUGGGGUUCCAACGCAAGGUGAAAAUGAACGCAUUGACGCAAAGCAUCAGUCCAAUACAAUCGACGCUUGGUCGUUUGGACCUCGAUACGGGUGCGUCUUCAUCCACCGCGACAAGGGCCGCAACCUCAACAGCGGCCGCACUGAUUCUCUCUGUCAGCGGGGGUGACAGUCGUGCGAGCGCUAGUACAACGCUCGUCGUCGGUACGGCCACCGUCGGGGACACGCAGCACACGAACGAUUUCCUAUCCACCUCCCUCUCCUCACCGGUUGCCUCGUCCGUGGCCGCCAAUUAUCUUCUUCACCAGCAUCACCUUCAUCAGCAGCAGCAGCAGCAUCAGCAGCAUCAGCUCGAUCAGCAUCAUCAGAUACAUUCACAGCAGCAGCACAACAAUCUGGACAACCGUGCCGGAUCAGCAGUGGCAGUGACCAGUGUCGGUGGCUCUACCGGUACCGGUAGCAACAGUGUCGUCUCGAACGGUUCCCUCUCCCACAAUGGUAAGUCACAUCAGCGCAAUGGUAGCAGCAGCAGCAGUAGCAACCCGGCCAUUCCAUCCUCACCGGAACCGGCAGGAUCGCUUGCAAACGCAACGCUAACGCAUGUGAAUCCAUUUCACGCGAGCAAUGCCACGUCCACGGCACUCACAAACGAUUUCUAUCCGGACUAUCGAAUCAGUUCCGGGUAUCGGCUCAAUUCGCACCAUCAUCAUCAUCAUCACCAUCAUCAUCAUCCGCACCAUCAUCAUGGGCCACAUCCACGGGACCUGACCGCAUCACCGCCCGCCAUCCCGGGUCACCUCCCGUGGACACCAGCGGCAGCAGCGGCCGGUACCUUCAUACAGGAAAGUUGUGAUAGUUACAGCUUGCGCCACGAGCACGGGACGAAAUCCAUACGGAACGAACGGUCGGCGUUUUUCGAUUUCGCGACUACUCCCGCCACAGCACAUCCGGCUGCUGCCGCGGCCGCCUACUGUUACCGGCUGUCUACACCUCCCCAACUAGUGAAGCGCGAACCAAACGAUGUAUCGGCGGCCGCUGCCUGGCAUUCCUACUCGGAGCGAAUGUUUUCCGAUCCGCUGUACACGUCGCUCAAGCUACAGACUCAACAAUCUUCCCCGCCACAGCUGGUACCGCAGCACUCGAUCUUUCCCGACUCUACGUCCCAUCUGGCAUCGGCAGCAGUAGCAGCGGCCGCAUCCCUCGAACAUCACCAACACUCGCUGGCCAUUGGGACGCACGGUGUACAGCAAAGUCCCGGCGAUAUUGGUGGCUCUCAUGCGACCGAUCCGUUCCUGCAUCAGUCCAGUAUUGGAGGCGGUGGUUACGCGUACCGUCAACCGGCGGACAUUGUAACGUCGAGCGAAACCGACUACUGUACCGGGGCCGUUGGAACGUCCGCUUCCAUCGCUAGCAUUACCACGACAACGAAUACUUCCCCGUUGGGAGCGCUGCAGCAAAAUGGUUCGAACGGUGCACUGCACCAGCGGCGAGGAUCACUUCAGCUGUGGCAGUUUUUGGUGGCCCUGCUCGAUGAACCAUCCUCCAGUGCUGGGUGCAUUGCUUGGACGGGUCGUGGAAUGGAGUUCAAGCUGGUCGAACCGGAGGAAGUUGCUCGUCGGUGGGGCAUACAAAAAAACCGUCCCGCCAUGAACUAUGAUAAGCUUUCGCGCAGUCUUCGCUACUACUACGAAAAGGGCAUCAUGCAGAAGGUAGCGGGCGAACGGUACGUGUACAAGUUUGUGUGCGAUCCUGAAGCACUGUUCAACAUGGCGUACGGUACAUCCGGAGCGCAGACAAACCAAUCGUGUAACGGUGGUGGUACCGGGAUGGAUAGUGGACUAGCGCACGGUGGCCAUCACGGUGGCCCAAAUGGGACGUCCUCGUCCUCGCCCAACUGUCACAAUGCGGGUCCACCCGGUGGUGGACAGCUCGUUGGAGGAGGCGACGUAACGGAUGAUGUGGAUCGGAAUCCUUACUUCAACGGAAGCUCAACGGUGGUGUACAACCAGAGCGGUUGAAACUGGCGAGACUGGUGCUGGCACGAAAAAAGCCCCACAAUCCAUACGAGUUUUGCUCAAACUACCCGCUAAUGAAGAGGUACUUUCUGGUCGUG